UACACAAACAAUGCAAUCUAAUAACAAAAAAACAUUUCUUGAAAGUAUAUUGUAUGUAGGUCUCAUCACAAUCUCACUUUCUUUAAUUCAUAUUUUCAUUUUAUCAGACAAACUAAUCAUAUCUCAUCACAAAAUCACCCUCAAAAAACACCCAAAUCAUCCUCUGCGUUUCAAUGCAGAUGGCACUUUUAAAAUCCUUCAGGUUGCUGAUAUGCAUUAUGGGACUGGGUUGACUCGGUGUAGAGAUGUUUUUAGAUCUGAAUUUGAAUGGUGUUCAGAUGUUAAUACUACUUUGUUCUUGAAAAGAAUGAUUGAUAUCGAAAAGCCCGAUUUUAUUGCUUUUACAGGGGAUAACAUAUUCGGCUCAAGUACUAAUGAUGCUGCUGAGUCGUUGUUCAAAGCUUUUGGUCCCGCAAUGGAUUCUAGACUUCCAUGGGCAGCAGUUUUGGGCAAUCAUGACCAGGAAUCCACUAUGACUCGUCAAGAACUUAUGUCAUUCAUCUCGCUUAUGGAUUAUUCACUUUCGCAACCCAACCCCUUAAUUCCCUCUGACCCUACUAAACAACAAGUUAUGACAAACAUUGACGGGUUUGGAAAUUAUGAUCUACGAGUACGGGGUGCACCAGGAUCUCGCUUAGCGAACCAAACCAUGCUUAAUCUCUUCUUUCUAGACAGUGGGGAUAGAGCUUUUGUCGAUGGGUUUAAGACUUAUGAUUGGAUCAAGGAGUCUCAACUUAGUUGGCUACGUGGUGCUUCCAAGGGUCUUUAUCAAGAAAAUCAUCAAUCAGAAGACUUCCCUGCAGCUUCAACACCUCCCCCAUCACUAGCAUUCUUUCAUAUCCCAAUCCCAGAAAUCCGUUAUGGUCCUUUCAAGGAAGUUUUCGGAGAGUAUCGUGAACAUGUGGCAUGUUCAAUGGUGAAUUCUGGAGUCUUAAAGACACUUGUGUCAAUGGGAGAUGUGAAAGCCGUGUUUAUAGGCCAUGAUCACCUCAAUGAUUUCUGUGGGAAUUUAGAUGGCAUAUGGUUUUGUUAUGGUGGUGGUUUCGGGUAUCAUGGGUAUGGUCGGGCUGGGUGGUCAAGAAGGGGCCGGGUUAUACUUGCUCAACUUAAAAAGGGGAAGAACGAAUGGAUGGGAGUUGAAACUAUCAAGACUUGGAAGCGACUCGAUGACAAGAACUUGACAAAAAUUGAUGAGCAGAUAUUAUGGACAUCAAACUGAUUCUUGAUACAGAUUCUUAAAGGAAAUACUUCUGCAGCAUUGUUCUGCCUUGGAUGUGUUGGAAUUCUCUGGUGGCUCUCUUUUGAGCCCGUUUUUGAUGCAGUAAUCUUUGUACAAAUUACAUGUUGUGUUGUAUGAAUAUCACCUUUUCUUGUAUUUUGUAUAAUGAAACACUUUCACGAAACAUAUAAUCUUGUAUAAAACAUCGUGUUGUUAAAUCA